AGUACUCAUAUCAAUAUGGUAUAUUUGUAUUUCCAGGUUAUUAUUUGUGCAGCUAAUAACAACCGUCAAGGAGUUUUAGAAAUAUCGCAGAAAAUGGGAUUUCUUACCGGAUAUGAAUCGAAACAAAUGGAAGAAGCUCACAUAGAUGCUGUAAUGAUUUUAGGCGAAAUUUUUCGGUUUAAUGGUGAAUUCAACUUCGGACGUCAAAAUACAACAGAACGCAUUGCUAAUUUAGUGCCUACAAUGGUGGCACACCGUUUGUGUCCACCACCUGAAGAAAUCUACUCAAUACAUCGAAAGUUAUCUGGUAUUUUUCUUUUGUGCUCGCGAUUAAAUAUAACCAUGAAUUGUAGACCAUUUUAUGAAGAAAUUGUUUUAAACAAAUUCAAGGAUUAAACUUUAUAGUUUUAAUAAAAA